AUGUCCCACGUGGGUAGUGGCACCGAUGCGUCGGGGAAACGUUACUUUGUACGCGACUCUAGGCCGUAUUGUCCUCCACCCCAAACUGUCAAAGAGCUACUGGAACGCAAACGCAAGCAUAAGGCAAGUCAGGAUUCUGCAUCUCUGCUGGAAUUCAAUCAAGAAUCAGGCGCAGUGGGUUCCGCAUCCUUUGUCCAUCUUCACGACCAACAACCAGAUGACAUCCAUCCAUACCAAAGACUUGCUCCUCAGUAUACCUACCCUGUCCAUGAGGGUAUCUACUCAACUGGAUCCGCCGCGUUGUAUAGCCAGGGGGAGCAAUAUGCAACAGAGAGAACUGAGACUCAAAACCUGGAUGCCAACCUUGGGGUGGUGUCACCUGGUUCCUAUAUCGGCUCCUUCAGCCAUGCACCUUCCUGGGUGGAAAUCAAUGCAGGAAUGUGUUCAGCAGCAGGAACCGAGUCUUUCCUGAGGAUGUCGGGGUCUGUGGUUCCAGACAUGAUCCCAAUGGAUCUGGAAGAGGCCAGAGCUGAGAUACAAAGACUGAGCCCAGAACAGCUCCUCCAGCGUGAUGAAGAUGGAGAUACAAUCCUUCAUCUUUAUGCUGCAAAGGGUCUACGGGCUCUCUCUUACGCUGUGGCCGAGCAGUAUUUGCAGUACGGUCGGCUAGACGCCAAGGAGCACAAUGGGAAGUCUCCUUUACUAGUCGCGGUGGCAGCCAAUCAGCCUCACAUUGUAUGUGACCUCAUUAUGCUUGGCGCUGAUGUAAAUGCUUCGGACAAGAACGGGCAGACCGCGCUUCACGUUGCUGGUACCUACGGACUGUCCGACAUAUUGAAGGUGCUUCUAUCUCUUCAGCAUCAGCUAAAUAUUGACGUGGAGGCUCGAAACUAUGAUGGUCUGACCCCUCUUCACUGCGCUGUUAUUUGCCACAACGCUGCCUAUACCAGCCGAAUGACCCACCCAACCUCCGAAACCCAACAGCAGGAACAAGAGACCUUGACCUGUGUCCAACUCCUUUUGCAACUGGGUGCCAACUGCACCAGUCAGGAUAUCAAGAGCAAUAAAACAAUCCUACACCUGGCAGUGCAAGCGGGAAACAUCCCCUUGGUGAAGUUCAUCUUAGACCUGCCCCACGCUGACCUGCACGGCCUUAUCAACAUGAAGGCUCAUGGAAACACAGCCCUUCACAUGGCAGCCGCCCUCCCUCCGGUACGAUCCACUGAGUAUCUGAUCCAGCUUCUGCUCUGUUCUGGAGGAGACCCCAGCACUCGAAACCUGGAGAACGAGCAGCCCGCUCACCUGGUGUCCCCCGGAGAGUACUCCGAGCAGAUAAAGCUUUUGUUGAAGCGCAGACGUGUGAUGUCAUCGAGCCGCCAGUCAUCAUCAUCAUCAUUUUCCUUAUAGGAACCGAACAGAUCCGGACUACUUCUCAAAGUCCCGAGUCAAC